AUGUCCUUCUCACGACCUCUUUCCAUCGCAUCGUUGGAUGCUACUAUUACCGGUACCUGCUCUGAGUCUGAUUCCAUCGACGAGCGUUCGCCAAUCGAUUUCGAUUCCGUCGCCAUUUGCUCGCCAGUCGACUACGAUUCCGUCGACAAGCGCUCUCCGGCUCAACCAGGAGACUAUUCAAACUUCAGUCCGGCGUUCACCCAAGACACUUUUUUGCUUGAAGAGCUACACGACUUCAGAAUCCUAAUUACCGACGAACUCAUUUGCUUUGCCAGAAGCGCCAGCGCUGCCAACGAAGAAGAUUGA